CGUUUUGCUGUUCAGUUUGCUAGUGUUAGGUAUUCUUGAUUUGAAUAUUGGAAAAUAGAUGUGCGGUUUAUUUAACUCUUUGAGGAACGUCGGCAUUUUUGAGACGUGGAAUUUUUGUAUUCAAGAAAUCCUACCAUAUACGGUCCACGUGGCACUGAACCUAUUAAUCAGCCUCAAAAAAGAACACUAAUCAGUAAUCUGUAAAAUUCGUGGGUAAGGCAGUUUGGAGAACCGCCGAGAACGACGGUAUCCCGUCUACAUUCGUACUGUCUAUGACUAUACCGAAGUCAGGGAUAAGGUCGUAGUCGCGUCAGACGCGUGUUGUUAUUCUCUUCGCGUUCCAUAGCGAGCGAUUCGCUAAUCGUAAAAGUUUCGAAGCGAGUGAUCCGGCCCAGAGAAUCAGCGCUUCGACGUCGUGUUCGCGGAACGAUUCCCUCGAACCGGAAACCGCGUUGCAUCGAUGCGCCGAACGACAAGCGGCGAGCGCCAAGGAAUCCCCGCGACACAUGAAAUUCUGCCAGCUGUUCUUCGCGGAGGAAACUUCUAGUAAGCGAUGCUUCAAACUCUCCGCGAGCGUUCGCAGAAACGGAAGAAACUGCUGGCGCAAACGCUGGGGGUCUCCAGCGUGGACGAGCUGCGACAGAUUCUGGGAACCGAUGUGGACGACUCGCAGAGAAAGCGUGAGAGGUCGGUGUCCGAGAGGUCGGUGAAUGGCGCGAAAGAUUCGAAAAAUGACGCCGCGCCGACCGACGAGAUCGUUUACAAGGACUCCUCGACGUUUCUCAAGGGUACACAAUCGUCGAAUCCUCACAACGAUUACUGCCAGCAUUUCAUCGACACUGGCCAACGGCCGCAGAACUUCAUCAGAGACGUGGGUCUCGCGGACCGAUUCGAGGAGUACCCGAAACUGCGCGAACUGAUCAAACUGAAGGACGACUUGAUAGCGGAGACCGCCACUCCGCCCAUGUACCUGAAAACGGACUUGCUCUCGUACAAUUUGAAAGAGCUGAAUUGCAAGUUCGACGUGAUACUGAUCGAGCCUCCUCUCGAGGAGUACCAGCGUACUUGCGGCGCGACCAACGUCCAGCUCUGGAACUGGGAUCAAAUAAUGGAACUGGACAUCGGCGAAGUAGCGGCGAACCGAAGCUUCGUGUUUCUCUGGUGCGGCAGCAGCGACGGUUUGGACAUGGGACGCUUCUGCCUCCGGAAGUGGGGUUUCAGGCGGUGCGAGGACAUUUGCUGGAUUCGUACCAACAUCGACAAUCCCGGUCACAGCAAGAAUCUGGAUAGCAAAGCCGUGCUGCAGAGGACUAAAGAGCACUGCCUGAUGGGGAUCAAAGGGACUGUCAGACGAUCCACCGACGGAGAUUUCAUCCACGCCAACGUGGACAUCGACCUGAUCAUAUCGGAGGAGCCGGAGUACGGGUCUAUAGAGAAGCCCGUGGAGAUUUUCCAUAUAAUCGAGCACUUCUGCCUCGGCAGACGACGGUUGCACUUGUUCGGCCGCGACACUACUAUCCGGCCAGGGUGGCUAACCGUGGGACCCGAGCUGACGAACACAAACUUCAACGCGGACCUGUACACCAGCUACUUCGCCAACGGCCAGAUCACCACAGGUUGCACCGAACGCAUCGAAGCUCUCAGGCCGAAGUCUCCGCCGCCCAAGGGCAAGGUCACCGGUCGAGGAAGGGGCGGAUUCAAUCGAGGACGAGGCAGGGGAAGGUAGAGCGCGGAACGACCGGUCGCGCGCGACGCGGCCCGAGAGAAACAGAAAGAGAGAGAGAGAGAGAGUAAGAGAGUGUGACCAAGGUGAAAAAGAAACGUCCGCCGUUGCUACGAUUCUACCGUAGAAAGAGCUUGUACUUUUCUUGUAUUGUACGAUAUUUCUUACUUUACAGGUUGUAACGCCGCCUCCUUUCGAGAAUACCGCCAUGCUUUGCCGAGUAUUCGAAAUCGUCCGAUUCGCCGCACCUGACCACUUUGACCGUCGAUCGAGACGCGUCGAUUGAAUGAAUUUAAUCUAAACAGUCGUGAAAUCGGAGGCGAAUAGUUCCGCCGGCUAUUCCGUUCUCGCGAUCGUAGGAAAGGC